AUGAAGGUGCCGCAACCAGUGAACGCCGCCCUUGCUGCGGCUUUGCUGCUUGACACUUGUCUGGCAGCGACGUCCGGCAAGUUUAACAUUUUGUCCAUGAACGUCGCAGGCCUACCGCCGAUCUUCAACGGUAACGACGUGCCCGGAGAUAAGGCAACAAAUGCAGCAAACAUUGGGACCAAGUUUGCCGAAUAUGGCCACGAUGUCAUCCACGUGCAGGAGGACUUCAACUACCAUGCCCACAUCUACCGCACAGACACACAUCCCUUCAGGACGGCCACGUCCGGGGGUGUCCCUUUCGGAUCUGGCCUCAACACACUGUCUAACUUCGACUGGGUCGACUUCCGGCGGGUCAAGUGGGACACAUGCUCGAACGCCUCCGGGGCCGACUGCCUGACGCCAAAGGGCUUCACGUUCAUGCGGGCGGUUGUCGCCCGGCCGGCUGACAACUCGACCGCGGUAUAUGUCGACUUCUACAACCUGCACACAGACGCCGGCGGGGAGGACGACGACCUCGCGGCUCGGCAGCACAACGUCAACCAGGUGGCCGAGUAUAUCUCUAAAUGGAGCAAGGGAAACGCUGUCGUGGUCCACGGGGAUACAAACAGCCGAUACAGCCGAGUCGCUGACACUGCAAUUCGGUCACUGCUUGCGAGCGAGAACGCGGGGGGCCCGGGCAUGGCCGACCCCUGGAUCGAACUCCAGCGCGGCGGUGUUGUCCCAACAGAGGAGGUCCUAUGUAGCAAUCCGGCCAGCGACAAUGUUUGCGAGGUGGUUGAUAAGGUCUUUUACCGGUCAAGCCCGCUGGUGACGCUUCAGGCGGAGACCUUCCGUUACGAUAGCAAGCGAUUCUUGCAGGACGAGGGAAAUGUGCUCUCGGACCACAACCCUGUCUUUGUGGACUUUGCAUGGUCCUCGGGCUCGUCCCUUCGGCAGAGUGACUUUUUCGGGGGCGCGUUCGGCACUUGGUUCAGCGAUGUGCCGGCACUCGCAAGCAUCACCAAACCCAAACCCGUCACGCUGGCAUUCCGGGGCGGAUCUCGGCUUGAUGGGGUGGGCCUGACGCUAGGAGACGGCACCAUCUUCCGUCAUGGUGGCACUAGCGGAACUGAGGUCUCCCUCGAACUGGGCCCUUCGGAAUACUGGGUGGAGGGGAAGCUGUGUCGUGGGGAGAAGAGCGGCAAGGCCCGCAACUUCUACAUACAGGCGGCGACUUCACUGGGGCGCACCCUGAAGGCCGGUACGAUGACUGCGGAUUGUGCAAUCUACUCGGCACCUGAAGGUUGGCAGAUCGUUGGUUUUGUUGGACAGGAUGGCGACGAGAUAGACCAGCUCGCUUUCGUGUACGCCCCACAGUGA